AUGUUCUUCCCGCCUUCUCCAACGGAAAAGUUUUGUCGUGGCCUACACAGUGAGCACAUCAACAGGUUAGCACGUCUAAAAGACCCACUUGUGCACGAUCGCGGAUAUUCAAACAACACGGAACAGCUUGAACGUCGUCCAAAAUUUCUUCAAGGUAUUCGAGGUAUUCAAUAAAAAUAGUUAAGUGAAUUGUAAUGCUCGAAUUUCAGAAUUCCAUUGUGUCAAAUACGGCGUCCUGGCGCACGCAGCAACCAAAUUGCGAUGA